AUGGCAUAUGCGCUCAGCUUGCACCGCGAACUCCCGGCCGCCCUUCGCAUCUCGCCCAACGAACGAGAGGGACGCCGCAAACUAUUCUGGACUUGCUAUAUCAUGGAUCGCUUUCUUGCCUCAGGGUCCAAGCGACCAUCUCUUAUCUCAGAUGAAGCCAUCUUCUUACGACUACCUGGAUGGCAAUCUGACUCCACCUCUAUACCGUAUGAAGGCAAUUUCUUUUCCAACGGAACGAACUUACCCAUGUCUGCUGGACCUGGAAGAUUACAUCAAAGCGGCGGAUCGAUGCUGAUCGAAAUCUCGAGGAUUCUAGGCAUUACGAAUCGUUAUCUUGCUGCUGGCGGCGUGAAAGGCGAUUCACACUUCCCCUGGCAUGCUCAGUCGAAUCUGUCCAAAAUCCGACAAGAUCUUGAUACCUGGGCUGCAGGCGCACAGGAUGCAUUCCUAUCAAUCGAAGCGCUGUUCGGCCAGACUGAAAGCCAAACACUGGUCUUGAGCAAGCUGGUCUACCACCUCAUUCACUGUCUAAUAUACCGACCGUUUCUACCUAUCGAUUUAGGCGAGCUCUCAGGCACUGGUCAACAUCAAUCUUGGCAGAUAGAAGCGACAAACUUAUGUUUCUUGCAUGCAAAUGCCAUCUCGGAACUGACUGAAAUUGGCAAGCAUUCUUCGAUAACUGAUUGGCCAGCCUAUGUUGGAUAUUGUCUUUGUACUGCCGGUACCAUUCACGUUCAUGGCGCGCACUACCCGAGCCGAGAAGGCGACGUAUUUACCAGAAGUGCCGAGUUCUUGUCGAAAGAGAUGUCUCAAUUAUCAGAUAUGCGUGUCGUUUGGGCCGGCGUACAACAUCAAAGGGAGACGCUGCAGACAGUCUACGGCUGCCAUUCUCAGCUUGUUAAGUCGCUAGCUACUAACCCCAUGCGAUUCUCACCUGUCUUCCAGAUGGAGGACUUUUUCGAUCGAUACCCAGGACAGUUUAUUGAUGGAGCACAUGUCACCUUCUCUGACAUUACUGUUGAAGCACUUCACGAGAGUCUACCAGCUUACAACGGCUUCAACAACAGUUGGACAUCACAGCUCCAGAAUGGGCCUUCUACUUCCUCUUCUGCUACAGGGACGAACAGGUCUUCGGCAAAGAUCAAUAACGACCAUCACAUCUCUACAGAAAGUCGCAAGCGCCGCCGCACAAACGAUGCCACGAGUCCUCCAACCAUUCCUGCAGUGAUUCACGACCCAUCUCUCAAUCCAUUAUCACCAGACUUUGCAAACCCCUUAGCUUCACCAACCGCCUCUGCCCCUCCUACUCAUCCACCUCAUACGACAGCGGCAGACGAAAAUCAGACCUUUACUCAGAACCCGCUCUCUCCAUCAUUUUCCUUUUCGCCCUGGCAAUCAAAUCUCUCUCUUUCAAUGGAUCCUAAUCUCGAUCCAGCACAAUUCGACAACUUGUUCAGUAUACCUGACCAGAACACGCAUUCCAAUGCGAUGUUCGACCAACAGACUCCUGGAGGAAUGUCUGCCAAUGGCAGUGUGAACACUGAAGGGGACAAAGACCCGUUCAUGAGUCUACUUGAGCAAUUGGCUGAAAACGAGCAAACUGGGCAUGGAGGACCUAGUGAUUUGGAUUUCUUUNUGUCUUCGAAUGGUGGUUAA